AUGUUCGCGGGCGAGCGUUUCGUCCUCGACCUCGAUGACCCUACUCCCGACUUGUCCCAUCCUACUGUCCCCGAUCCUUCCCUGUCUUCCAUAGCUUCGCCCUCUCUCGGCCUCAUUGGCGAGAUCCGCGAACGCCACCCCGCUACUGCUCCUGCCCCUCCCAAACCACCGUCCGGCACAACUGGGUUUCCCCAGCACAAACAGCGCAUUCGUCAGUCUGCAUUCAAACAGCAGAGAUUUCAAAAACAGUCUGCUGCACCGUCCACACCUGCUGCGCCUACCUCCCCCGCACCAUCCACCAGUCUCCAACCAGCAACCCUCGAGGAUGAGAAAAGAGCCAUAGACGAGGAGAAUAAACAGCGACUGGCGGCCAUGUCGCCGUCGCAGAUUGAGGAGGAACGUGUUGAGUUGAUGUCAAGCAUUGACCCGUCCUUGCUCCAGCGGUUUCUACGGAGAGCCAGGAUCGAUGACGAUGACGAGGACAAUUGGCCAGUUCAGCAGACAUCUGCGGAGGAAGAACAGAGACAACCGGAAGAAGGGAAAGGUGUACCCAAAAAAUCAGUCUCGUUUGACAUCCUGGAGACUCCUGUCGCAAAAUCACUCCCUGAUCCGGCUACGACCAAGAUCAACCCUGUUAGCGAAGACCUCCCUCCAGCUCAUCCUCCCCAAGACCUCCACCCGGCUUCGGAAUUCCCCUCUCAUGCUUCCUUUCACUUCCCGACCCCCCCUCCACGACAGAACCCCAUGCCUAACCUGGACCCCUCGUCACCCUCAUUCCUGUCCGACCUCCAAACCCACUACUUCCCUGAUCUUCCUCACGACCCCUCCCUGAUCUCCUGGCUGCAACCCCCACGUGCAGACCCGGAAGACCCCGAGUCAUCUCUUUCUGCCUACCAUCCGGCUAGCAGUGCUGUCUCCGUGGCCCCUGCCUUCAUCCGUUUCUCUCUCAUCGGCACGAUUCUGUCUCCAUCGACAUCCCUCUCCCUCCCAACCUCCUUGGGUCUGCACCAUCACGGCGACGAUCCCCAUGCGGCGGGAUACACCAUUCCUGAACUGGCCAUCCUUAGCCGCUCCUCAUUCCCCGCCCAGCGAUGCAUCGCCUGGCAGGUCCUGGGACGCAUUUUGUUCCGUCUGGGCAAGGGCCAAUUUGGGGAGCGCGGCAGCACUCUCGUCGAGGGCCUCUGGUCCGUUAUCGAGCGUGAAGCUGUCAUCGCUGGCAUGCUGGCCGAGGCUGAUGGGGGCUCAUCGUCAAACCCCUAUCAUAUCAAAACGGGCGCAGAGAAGGACACAGAUAAGGACAAGGGCAGUAUGCAAAAUAACUCAUCAGCCAAGGAAGGAGGAGUCGCCAUUGGAAAGCACGCCAGCGCCAAGGCAUGGGCUGUAGAAGGCGUUUGGCUCUGGCAGAUGGGAGGCGGAGGAGACCGGGGACUACUCAAGGAAGGAGCUGUCAGAUCACAGUAA